AGCCCCCAACGAAUUCUCGUUGCUGGAGGUGGUUUUGCAGGAUUGAGUCUUAUCGGGAACCUGCUCGACUUGUGUCAAGGACGGAAAGCCCGCUUCGACCUCGACAAGGCUGCCGGUGAUGAUGAUAACGGCAGAAGAGUCGAUGUUUCCAUCACAAUAGUCAAUGAGAGAGAUGGAUACUUUCAUACCAUUGGGGCACCACUUGCCAUGGUCAGUGAAGAGUACAGCCAAAAAGUAUGGACAGAGUACUCAGCCCUGGAGAUUCUACAACAUCCAAGUGUAAAGUAUAUGCAAGGCAAACUUGCUUCUGUUUCACCAGAGUCAAAAGAGGCUGUGAUCUUGCCAUUCAACAGCGAGACUCCGUCCACAGUUGGUUACGAUUUCUUUGUUGCGGCCACAGGACUUCAUAGAGCUUGGCCGGUUGUUCCCCAAGCUUUGACAAAGUCUGAAUUUCUGGCCGAUGUGAAGAGGCAAGUGAAGGCUAUACAGGAUGCCAAAGAUGGAGUGGUGGUGAUCGGUGGCGGCGCCGUAGGAGUUGAGAUAGCAGCCGAGAUCUUGCAUACCCACCCUGAUACCAAAGUCUCAUUGCUUCAUGGUGGACAAACCCUCUUGGCCUCGGAGCCGUUGCCAGCAAACUUGAAGAGUUUGAUUCUUCAAGCACUCCGCGAUCAAGGCAUCAACGUGUUACUCGGGAAGAGAGCCAAAACCGUCAAGUCUCGAAGCGAAGGCAGAAAUAAGUAUAUCGUGGAAUUGGCUGAUGGUGACGAGAUCACGGCAGGCCAUGUCGUUUGGGCAACUUCCAACCCGAUUCCCUCUACAGAAUACCUUCCGUCACGUUGGCUAUAUGAGAGUGGUUACGUGAGAGUGACCACUACGCUAAAUAUCAAGGAUGGCGACUCAACUGUGGCACAGCACUUUGCUGUCGGCGAUAUUGUCUGUUUUGAGGGCAUCCGACGCUGCAGUCCCGCAAUGCAGAUGGGGUAUUUUGCCGCUGUCAACAUAUAUGCACAGAUGGUACCAGACAAGCCCGACUUGAAACAUUUUGAAGGUUUCCCUGAAAUGUUUCGAUACGCAUUCGGUAACGAAGCGGUCCUAUGGAGUCCUGGCGAAGAGAUUGUCUUUGGAGAAGAGCCUCGACGGGCUGUGUUUGAGGAUGACUUGUGCUUGAGAAAAUGCUGGAACUACAUGGGCUUGGGU